UUUAUACUCCCAGUAUUCACCACUCUCAUCUCACUUCUCUCCAUCCAUAUUUAACUCUGUACAAUGAAAGGGAAACUCAAUUCAAUUCCAUUCUUCUUCACCAUUUUCUUCACCCUCCUUCACCUCACCAUUUCUGUUCCUGCAACUAAUUCUUUUCAAUAUCAAACACUUAUCCUACAUCCUCUCCCUCAACAACCUCAAUCCCUCUCAUGGGAUUCCACCCAACUCGAACAACAACUAUCUUCCGACGAUGAAAACACUCUUUCUGUACAAUUACAUCAUGUCGACUUACUCUCACCUUCAUCCUUCAACUCUACUCCACAUGCAUUAUUCAAACUCCGCCUCCAACGCGACGCCAUUAGAGCUAAAUCUCUCUCCCUCCUCUCCUCUGCCGCAGCUUCUGCUAAUUCCACCAGUAAGGAUUUCAGCAGCUCUGUUAUCUCCGGUCUAGCUCAGGGAAGCGGUGAGUAUUUCACUCGUAUCGGAAUUGGUACACCUACCAGGUACGUUUACUUAGUUCUCGAUACUGGAAGUGACAUUGUUUGGAUCCAAUGUUUGCCUUGUGCAAAAUGCUACUCUCAAUCCGACCCGGUUUUCGACCCGAGUAAAUCGUCUUCUUUUGCUACCGUCAGCUGCGAUUCACCUUUGUGCCGCCGGCUUGACUCACCCGGCUGUAAUAAUCGCAACAAAUGCCUUUACCAAGUCUCAUACGGCGACGGUUCAUUCACAGUCGGCGAAUUCUCGACUGAAACUUUAAAUUUCAGAAAAACAAUUGUCAGUAACAUUUCCUUUGGAUGCGGCCAUGAUAACGAGGGUUUGUUCGUCGGAGCCGCCGGUUUAUUAGGUCUCGGCAAAGGGAAAUUGUCAUUUCCCGGUCAAGCCGGUAGCAGGUUCGGUCAGAAAUUCUCAUACUGCCUUGUAGACCGGACCGGUUCAGCUAAACCUUCCUACAUCGUUUUCGGCGAAUCAGCAGUUACCCGAAAUACCCUUUUUACCCCUCUCCUCACCAACCCAAAACUCGACACGUUUUACUACGUGGAGCUCACCGGAAUCAGCGUCGGAGGUACGAAGGUUCCAGCGGUAACACCGGAGUUGUUCAAGCUCGAUGCUGAAGGUAACGGUGGGGUUAUUGUGGAUUCGGGUACUUCAGUGACCCGGUUGACCCGAUCCGGUUAUAUAGCAGUUAGGGAUGCAUUCAGAUUGGGUGCUAAAGAUUUGAAGAGAGCACCAACUUUCUCUUUGUUCGAUACAUGCUUUGAUUUAUCGGGGAAAACAAAAGUGAAGGUACCGACUGUGGUUUUACACUUCACUGGAGCUGACGUGGCGUUGCCGGCGUCGAAUUAUAUGAUUCCGGUGAACGGUGAAGGGACAUAUUGCUUUGGAUUUGCGGGUACGAAUGGCGGGUUGUCAAUUAUUGGGAACAUUCAGCAGCAGGGUUUUCGGGUCGUGUUUGAUCUUGCGGGUUCUCGGUUAGGGUUUGCUCCUCGUGGGUGUUCUUAUUAAUUAAAAAUUAAGUUAAUCAGUUUGUUUACUAAUGAAAGUCUCUCGAAAGGCAGAGAGGAAAUUUUCACUUUGCAGAAAAAGAGGAACAUUUUAACA